AUGAAGCUCCUGACAACCCUGGCCGUCGCUACUUUUCUUGGCGUUGCCUCCGCGACCGAUGCGUUGGUUGAAACGGAGUCCAAGUCGGCCGUCCGCAAUUUGCGAGUGCAGAUAUCCGAGCAAGUGCCUGCCAUUCCGGCUCCUGCUGGAGGGCCCACCUCGCCUCGCCCUCAAUCGCCGCUCCAACACGCGCGGCACCCGUCGUCGCCCAAGGCCGAGCCGCAGAGGGGGAACGGACACGAGUCCCGCCACGGUGGUGACCGUGGCCAUGACCAUGGCGGUGACCAUGAGACGAACCGACGCAGCCCGACGCCGCGUUCACCGCAACACGGUUCCCCUCAGCGACCUCGUUCGCCGAACCACGGCGACCAUCUCUCCGUUGUGACGCCUGCGGGGCGGGGGCGCCAUGACGGCCGCGACUACGAGAGCGACCGAUGGAGUCCCACCACACCUCCACGUUCGCCUCGCCACUGGGGCCACCCGUCGAGCCCGAUGUUCGCGCCUGCGAGACGCGGUCACCACGAUGUUCAUGACUAUGGAUACCACGAUGGUCGCGACUACGAGGACUACGAAUGGAGGACCACCGCGCCUCCGCGUGCUCCUCGCCACUGGGGCCACCCCGCCAGUCCGACGGCGGCACCGGCGUGGCACGGUCACCACGACGACCGCGACCAUGAAAGCUACGGAUAUGGAUACCACGAUGGUCGCGACUACGAGGACUACGAAUGGAGGACCACCGCGCCUCCGCGUGCUCCUCGCCACUGGGGCCACCCCGCCAGUCCGACGGCGGCACCGGCGUGGCACGGUCACCACGACGACCGCGACCAUGAAAGCUACGGAUGGGCUACGGUUGAACCGGGCCGUCGGCCUCGCAACUCCGAGCCGCGCUCGCCUCGCCACUCGCGACCGUCUUCGCCUCGUAAGUCGCAGCCGCGUUCGCCGCGUCGUGAGUCGCAGCCACGUUCGCCGGGCAACUUGCCGCAGCCCUGCUAA